CUCGUGACGUUUAGUGAAGCAGGAGACCUUAGCUCACACUUUUGCUUUCAGUUCAGGGAGCUCGGUCAGCUGAAGCUGUAGGGAGUUAUUUAUCUCUCUCUCUUUCUCUCUCGGUUCGACAGUUUCUGUGUUUUUGGAUUUCGGGGAGAUGAAGUAGUGCUGGUGUCAGGAUGGAGCUAAUGGUUAUUAAAGUGUGUGGAAUUCCUGAUGUUCAACAUGGUGACCAAAUGCUUGACCAGCUGAAAAUACACUUCCAGAGGCGCAGUAACAAUGGAGCAGAUGUUCUAACAGUACUUCCGGCUCCCGCUUCAGACCAGGCCUAUGUUGUGUUUGAAACAAAAGAAGUUCCUGGAGUCUUUCAAUGCGAUCAUGUGUUGGAAGUGGACAGAAAAUUUUACCCCAUUUAUGUCCAGGAAGCUCAACAGUCUGAGGUGGACAUGCCAGUCGAGACCAACCUAAGUCUCACAAAGUUCUCAAAUCCACGAGAUGUCCGGUUGCAGCUGGAGUCCAAUGGCUUUAAGAUAACUAAAAACGGAUCAGACCUCCAUUUAAAGGGGUCCUUUCUCAGUCUGAUGCUUUUACGAAAACAACUUGCUCGACUCCAGGCCCAAGACGCCUUCCACAAAAGGACCUCUUCUUCAGGUCUUUUCAAUGGGUACUCUUCUGCUUCCAUCAGCCAAAUGGAGGCUUCAUCAAACCAUGAUCAUGUGAUUAGCAAUGGAGUGCAUACUGGUCGCAGGAGACCCAUGGUUGAUGGUCCAUCCCCAUUGUUAGCUGUUUCCCCUGCCAGUCCUAAUCUACCACAGUCGGCUGAAUAUGGAGAUCCAGGCUCAGAUGGGUCCCCCAGAAGUCCUCACUCCUACGAUUAUGAUUCUUAUAGUAAGUCACCUUCCACCAAACCAAAACAAGCAAGUUUGUUGGUAGACAAAGAUGUGCUAGACUAUGCCUUUAAAUAUGAGGAGGAUGUUUUCAAGAAGAUUGAAAAACUCUGUGAGAUAAGUGUUGUAGAUGAUAAAGAAGUAAGCACUGUUACGUUUUCGGGAAAAAACUGUGAGAAAGCCAAACAAAAGCUCGAGACUUGCAUUAAGAAAAUCACACCUCAUUUGCGCACCCAGGAAAUAGACUUGAACAACUAUGAUCCUGACCAACAAGAGAAGAUAUAUCAGAGAAUCCAGCUUUAUGAAGACAAAAUGCCAGGUGUGAUAAUCAAGCAGGAUAAUGAGACUGUGAAGCUGAUUGGAUCCUCCACAAAAAGCUUUGAAAUGAAGCAAAAGCUUCUAGAACACAUUAAUCUUCCAUCUACCCAAAGGGAAAGAGGCAGAUCACUAGAGAGAAAAUCAACACAAAGAAGUUCCUCGUUGCCAAGACAGUACAAGCACAAGGAGUGGGGAACUGACCAAGGACGCAGUGCUGAACCAAAAUACAGUGCUACUCCUACAAACUAUCAAGAGGAACUUCAAUCCAGACAAGCUCAGGGACGAUCAAGUGAACCGCAGUCCAGAAGACGCAGCAACUCGGAGUCAAGAGACAAAAAUAAAGCAGGCAGGUGGAAGCCUAAUCAACAUGAGGAUGAGCCAUCACCAAAUAGAGAUGAGAAAAGAAUCACAAAGAAGUCUGGGCCUACCAUAAAACAGUCAAUGAUGGAUAUUACAAAAAAAAUUUACCCUAAACGCUGGAAAAAGUAGCAACAAUUCAUAAACAUUUUUUUUUGGUAAUAAAGCUGCUGUAAGAAAUUUUUAUCUGCUUGUUUGAGGAUGAUCAAAUAGGUUAUUGGUUUUGGUGUUUAUGAGUGGUUUCCAAUUCACAUUAUUUAUAGCCAUAUUAGAAUAUAUAUUUUGUAUUUAAUCAGAACAUUUUGCAUAAUUAAGAUGUUAUUGUACAUUUUGUAUAUUUUGAGAUCAAAUAUGUAUACUAAUGAUAUUAAAUAUAUAUUUUAGAAAUAAUAGAGAACAGUAUAAUUAGUAUAACAGACAGUAGAUAUUUAUCCCCAUCUCUGUUGAUUUUUUGUUUACUAUAUAACUUUAUCUUUAUAUUGAUUAAAAAGUUCAUGAUGAAUGGACCAAUAGAAAUGCUCCAAAAUGACUACAUUUGACUUGUGUUUAUAUUGACUUCCAAUGAAAGGUAGUUUUUCCCUCUCGUGUCAAUGUGCAGUUCUGGGAAUACUUGUUUUUGUGAAUGUAAACAAAUAAAACCAAGAUUAAUAA